AUGCCUCGGCCCGGCCGCAACACGUACAGCGACCAGAAGCCUCCCUACUCCUACAUCUCGCUGACCGCCAUGGCCAUCCAGAGCUCUCCGGAGAAGAUGCUGCCGCUCAGCGAGAUCUACAAGUUCAUCAUGGACCGCUUCCCCUACUACCGGGAGAACACGCAGCGCUGGCAGAACAGCCUGCGCCACAACCUCUCCUUCAACGACUGCUUCAUCAAGAUCCCUCGGAGGCCGGACCAGCCGGGGAAGGGCAGCUUCUGGGCGCUGCAUCCCAGCUGCGGGGACAUGUUCGAGAACGGCAGUUUCCUGCGGCGCCGCAAGCGCUUCAAGGUACUCAAGUCUGACCACCUGGCACCCAGCAAGCCAGCGGACGCCGCGCAGUACCUCCAGCAGCAGGCUAAGCUGCGGCUCAGCGCGCUGGCCGCCUCCGGCACGCAUCUGCCGCAGAUGCCGGCCGCUGCCUACAACCUGGGCGGUGUGGCGCAGCCCUCUGGCUUCAAGCAUCCCUUCGCCAUAGAGAACAUCAUCGCCAGGGAGUACAAGAUGCCUGGUGGACUGGCCUUCUCUGCCAUGCAGCCGGUUCCUGCUGCCUACCCGCUCCCCAACCAGUUGACUACCAUGGGCAGCUCCCUGGGCACAGGCUGGCCACAUGUGUACGGUUCAGCGGGUAUGAUCGACUCGGCCACCCCCAUCUCCAUGGCAAGUGGCGACUACAGCGCCUAUGGAGUGCCGCUGAAGCCUCUGUGCCACGCCGCGGGUCAGACGCUGCCCGCCAUCCCGGUACCCAUCAAGCCCACGCCGGCCGCAGUGCCCGCGCUGCCAGCGCUGCCCGCGCCCAUACCCACUUUGCUCUCGAACUCGCCGCCUUCGCUUAGCCCCACUUCCUCGCAAACAGCCACUAGCCAAAGCAGCCCUGCCACUCCUAGCGAGACACUCACCAGCCCGGCCUCCGCUUUGCACUCGGUGGCAGUGCACUGA